AACCGGAGCUGGCGGCUCGGUGCUGCUCUGUCGUUGGGUGAGGCACGGAGUAAAGUGGAAGGCGGCCCAGGUGAGCCCCGGCUGACCCGGCAAAGGGAACGCUGGGGGCUGUGAGACUAGGGUCGUUUAACGCUGCCUUGUGGUAGAAAAGGGUGUUUCCAACGUGGCUAUUUAGGAUUAUUUAAGAAAAAUUCUAGCUGGGUACAGUGCCUGUAACUCCAGCACUGGGGAGGCUGAGAAAGAUGGAUACUACGAUGCUGAAUUUGCGGAAUCUGUUUGAGCAGCUUGUGCGCCGGGUGGAGAUUCUCAGUGAAGGGAAUGAACUCCAAUUCAUCCAGUUGGCGAAGGACUUUGAGGAUUUCCGUAAGAAGUGGCAGAAGACAGACCAUGAGCUGGGGAAAUUCAAGGAUCUUUUGAUGAAAGCAGAGACUGAGCGUAGUGCUCUGGAUGUUAAACUAAAGCAUGCACGUAAUCAAGUAGAUGUGGAGAUCAAACGGAGACAGCGAGCUGAGGCUGACUGUGAGAAGCUGGAACGACAGAUUCAGCUGAUUCGAGAGAUGCUCAUGUGUGACACAUCUGGCAGCAUUCAACUAAGUGAGGAGCAAAAAUCAGCUCUGGCUUUUCUCAACAGAGGCCAACCAUCCAGUGGCAAUGCGGGGAACAAAAGACUGUCAACCAUUGAUGAAUCUGGCUCCAUUUUAUCAGAUAUCAGCUUUGACAAGACUGAUGAAUCUCUGGAUUGGGAUUCUUCUUUGGUGAAAAAUUUCAAACUGAAGAAAAGACAAAAGAGGCGAUCUAGUAGCCAACAAUUUGUUGAUGGACCCCCUGGGCCUGUAAAGAAAACCCGUUCCAUUGGCUCCACAGCAGACCAGGGGAAUGAAUCCAUAGUUGCAAAAACGACAGUGACUGUUCCCAAUGAUGGUGGGCCCAUUGAAGCUGUGUCAACUAUUGAGACUGUGCCAUAUUGGACCAGGAGCCGAAGGAAAACAGGUGCUUUACAACCUUGGAACAGUGACUCUACUCUGGUCAACAGACCAGUGGAGUCAAGAAUAGAGACAGACACCACAAGCACACCACAGAAUAAUGGCGGAAUGCGUCUGCAUGAUUUUGUCUCAAAGACGGUUAUUAAACCUGAAUCCUGUGUUCCAUGCGGAAAGCGGAUAAAAUUUGGCAAAUUAUCUCUAAAGUGUCGAGACUGUCGUGUAGUCUCUCAUCCAGAAUGUCGGGAACGCUGUCCCCUUCCCUGCAUUCCUACCCUGACAGGAACACCUGUCAAAAUUGGAGAGGGAAUUUUAGCUGAUUUUGUGUCCCAGACUUCUCCAAUGAUUCCUUCUAUUGUUGUCCACUGUGUAAAUGAGAUUGAGCAGCGAGGCCUGACUGAGACAGGCUUAUAUAGGAUAUCAGGCUGUGACCGGACAGUAAAAGAGCUGAAAGAGAAAUUCCUCAGAGUGAAAACUGUACCCCUUCUCAGCAAAGUAGAUGAUAUCCAUGCCAUCUGCAGCCUUCUGAAAGAUUUCCUUCGAAACCUCAAAGAACCCCUUCUGACGUUUCGGUUGAACAAAACCUUUAUGGAAGCAGCAGAAAUCACAGAUGAAGACAACAGCAUAGCUGCCAUGUAUCAGGCUGUUGGUGAAUUGCCCCAGGCCAACAGGGACACAUUAGCCUUCCUCAUGAUUCACUUGCAGAGGGUGGCUCAGAGUCCAAGCACUAAAAUGGAUAUUCCCAAUCUGGCUAAAGUCUUUGGCCCUACCAUAGUUGCCCAUGCUGUGCCUAAUCCAGACCCGAUGACAAUGCUACAGGACACUAAGCGUCAACCCAAGGUGGUAGAGCGCCUGCUUUCACUGCCCUUGGAAUACUGGAGUCAAUUCAUGAUCGUGGAACAAGAAAACGUUGACCCCCUGCAUGUCAUUGAAAAUGCAAAUGCAUUUUCAACACCACAGACACCAGAUAUUAAAGUGAGCUUAUUGGGGCCUGUGACCACUCCUGAGCACCAGCUUCUCAAGACUCCUUCUUCAAGCUCCCUGUCACAGAAAGUUCGCUCCACCCUCGCCAGGAACACUCCUAGGUUUGGAAGCAAAACCAAGUCUGCCACCAACCUAGGACGACAAGGCAAUUUUUUUGCUUCUCCAAUGCUCAAGUGAAGUCACAUCUGCCUGUUAUUUCCCAGCAUUUACCAACUACAAGAAGAGGCACACCUGUACUGUGUUCUGCAGCCUUCUGUACUCAUUACUACUUUUAGCAUUCUCCAGGCCUUUAAUCAAGUUUAAUUGUGCAUGAGGGUUUUAUUAAAACUAUAUAUAUCUCCCUUUCUUUUUCCCCCAGUAACAUAACAUCAGCACCUUGUGCUGGUUGUCAUUUGGAGCUUUUAGAUUGGCACUCUUUACAUGAAUAGAGUGGUAACAUGGAAUUUAUUCUAAAUCUUUUUUGGGGUGGAGGGCAUACCUUUGGCCUAAAGCCAAAUGCUGCUUAUGAAAUGGCUUUUCACUUAUGUCACUAAGAACUAAUUUUCCUGAGGCAAUUGUGCUUCUUUAGUAAGACUGACUUGUUUCAGUGUGGGAAGUGGGAGGGCAGGGUAAAGAAAGGAUUUAAGAGAGAUUAGUGUGGCUCCUCCUCAGAACUCGGGAUUUCCUUCCCGUUAUGGACUGAAUUAUAGUGUGGAGCCUUCAUAAAAAUGAGAUAGGUGAAGGACAGAACUAGUGAUGGGAGUAUGCUUAGAUGUAAUUUGGUUUGAUUAGGUCUUAAUAGUAUAAAGUGACAUAACCUUAAAAAUGUGAUAUUACAGCUAGUGUUUAAUCUCUAAUGGACCUCUGUCUAGAUUUUUGGGUUGAUUGAGGUCAAAGCCAUUUUAUUCUCCAAACUUGAAUUCAUUCUGAUUGAUCUCCCACUCCUUGUCCAGUGGAGCCCUGUUUCUAGGUCAGUAUGUUGUCCAUGUGUGGCAUCUCACUAACAACAGUAGCUGUGAAGGAAGGUUAUCAGUAUUUCAUGUGGCAAGAAAAGUCAGUCAUUUUUGUCUUUGCACUUUGGAUGCUGAAAUUUUUCUAUGAAACAUAGCUAUAGUCAGAUAAAUAUGAGCAUCUUCUGUUAGAAUUAUUUCCAGGGUCUGUAAAAAUGGUUUUCUUACAUAGCCUAUUUCUGAUUCAUAUUAACCCUGUCUGUUAAGACACUUAUUUAGGAUGAUAUUUGCAAAAAAGUAAAUAGCUUUUUUAAAAUGAAUGUGAAGUUGGUUUUCUUGUCCUGGGCAGUAACUUUCAAAGCAUUUUGAGUACUGUUCAUCUCCAUUUCCUGCUCCAUGCACCUACCCCAACCUUACCACCUUCAGGAGUAUGCUUCUCUUUUCAUUCAUUUCUUGGUUUGUCCAAAUUGAAGUCCUAGAUUUGUCCUAUGAUUGUUAUCUUCUUGUUUUGAAGAAAGUACUUUAAACAAAAAAACCAAACUUAAACUUAGUCUUUGGAGACCAGAACAGUACAGAUUAAAAAAGAAAAAAUUGCUGCUGGCUGCCUGGACUAUCCUUCACUGCUGGAAGUGACUCUGAAGUGAGCUGGGAUGAUUAACUGAAGGCACCUGCUCUUGGAACUCUGAAGCUGGUGAACAGAAUGUAUCUGAGAUUGAACGUAAACAGUUGCAGGCUUAAUAUGUCGCUGUGGAGAGUGGAGGCAACCUCCUGGCUUUUUUCCCAGGAGGGGGCAGCUCUCACAGCGGGGCUCAUCUGCCUCAGCAAAUUGACAGAGGAUGGGUCCCACCUCUCUGCACCCUCCUGCACAUGCAUCCUGCUAGGCUUUAUUUUUUAAACUUCGUGUUCAGCGCUACUUCUUUUCCUGUCUUUGCAAGCCUCAAACUAGCGUGGGUCCGUAUUUGCUGUUGUGUCGUAUCUCCCCAAGGUGCAUUUGAAGUCUACUAAUGUAGAAGAAGUAAAUGGAUUGUGCAGCAUUAGUUAAAGCAAGACUGCCCUACACAGGAAUUGAUGGCACAUUAACGAGAAGGGAAAUGGUCCUGUGUGCCAGUGUUGGCACCAGUUGCUUACUUUCGGAGCUAGUCCGAGAAACCUUAGCCAUGAAAAUAAUUCUGAUUUUAGCAAACGGGAAUAUGUACCCUCUUUCAAUUUUAACAGUGCUUCAUGUGGAACAGCUUGAAUUUCAGGUGCUUUCUUAAUUAAAUUACUUUCCUGCAAUGUGAGAUCUGUGGAAAGGGGCCCAGUGCUUAGUGGUGGCAGGUCCCUCAUCUCUUGCUCUAACACUGCCACUCACUCCAUCUUUGAUGUACUUGAUUAUUUCACUUGCUAAUAAUGGCAGUUUAGAAUCUUAACAUACCUCCAUUCUCUUCAAUUUAUGUAAUGUUCCUGAAUUUGAUGUAUGUAUAACUAGGCAUGUAUCAUAUGGUUUAAUUCAGCAGCAACAAUUUGUGUUUGUUACUGAGUGUCAAACAGUUUUUCCUUAUGUAGGUGAAUUCCUUGGGGCUAGAGGUACAUACUUGUAAUCCCAGCUAUUUAGGAGCUUGAGGUGAGAGGUUGUAAGUUCUGGGCCAGCUGAGGGAAUUUAGAAUAUUAGCAAAAUCCUGUCUUAGAAUAAAAAUAAAGACUGGAUCUAUAGCUCAAUGCAGAGGUACUGGGUUCAAUCCCUAGUACUGCACAGAGAUUAGUGUAAAAAAGGAUAACUUCUUCAUUGAAUAUAGUAAUAGAAUACCAGAAAGGAUCUGAAUUUUGAUCAGAGGACAUUAGUUUGUACAGUUAAUUUAUUAGGGAUAAAAGUUAUUUUUGGUUAUGAGCUGAACCUAUGGCAACAAAGGGCCUUGAAUUUUAAACUCAUGCUUAAAUUAUUGGACAGCACAAAAUGACGUGGGAAAAUUGAAGAAAAGAAGGUUUGUUUUUCUUCAUGAAAUAUUCAGAAUAAAUUUUGGUUAAGUUUAGAGUUGCCCAGUGUGGUGUUGCCUGCCUGUAAUCCCAGCAGGAGGCUGAGGACAGGAAGAUCCUGGGUUUGAGGCCAGUUUCGUGGGCUACACAGGGAAUUCAAGGCCAAUCUGAACUGUAUAGUAAGAAUCUCUCUCAAAAAAACAAAAAACAAGGUGUAGUGGCACACACCUGUAAUCCCAGCACUGAGGCAGGAAGAUCACCACAAGUUCAAGGCCAGUCUGCACUGCAUAUUGAGACCUACUCAAAAAAGUUCGCAGUUAAGUUAAAUAUUUAUGGGUAUUUAAUAUACUAAAUUAUGUAAACAGUACAGAAUGCUGGGGGGUAGUACGGAAGCACCAACUGGCCAAUAAAUGUAAAAGAUGAGUGAACAGGGCCUUGAACAGCAUCCUUCCUUACGCAUCCCCGUACACAAAAACUCCCUGAACAUUACGGACUUUACUCACUCUAAUUGACAGUGGGGCUACGUUUCCUGACACCCUGAUCCAGUACCUACAAAGAGUUAAUUUCCCACUAUGUGAUGCGAUCAAAUAUACAGGGUGAUAAAAUACAUGCUAAAGCAAAGUUUUUAAAAAAUGGUUAUAGUUAAAAGAGACAUUGCCAUUAACUCUCUCUUGCUUUGAACAUUCUUGCCACUUUCUGAAGCAAUUCUGGAAGUUGUUUUUUGUGUCUUUAGUUGUGUGGGUGUGACUGUCUUGAUAUCCUUAGUCAAUUCAAAAAUGUUUAUUUUUCAUAUUCAUUUUGACCUACGGAAAGAAACAGAAGUCACACAGUACCAGAUGUGAUGAAUAAGGUAGAUGAGGGCACCAUGUUUGUAUAAGCCUGCCUCUAUAUUAGACAGUACUCAGCAGCACCAUCUAGCACAUUGUUGAUCACACCUGUGAAGACAUGAAAGUGGACUUCUAGACUUCAGAAAAUGGCAAGGACAAUGCAGUGUGUUCAGAUUGAGGGGGAAUAUUAUGAGAGAUAAUGGCAAUAUGUUUCAUAUUGUAGUAAAUUUUAAAGAUGGAAA